UCUACGUCAAAGAUGACAUCUGACGUCUCAAUAUAAAUAUUCCCGUAACAAAAUAUGGACGCGCCUUCGCCUGAUAUGGUGGAGCUGCAGCGCAGGCCCACUCCACACCACCGAGACCACGUGCUCAUUCUGCACGAGAAACUGGCCAAACGAAAAAGCGAUCGGUACAUUUUGAACUUAGCCUUAGCUUACCACCGUCUAGGAUACAAAGUCACCAUGUUCACCACUCAAUAUAACAAAGGAGAGUCAAUAGAAGACCUGGAAUAUUCAAAUAAAGUCGAUGUUAAAUAUUCCGCAUGGUGGAUACCAAGAAGCUUUCUGGGUUUGUUUCGAGGAUUCAUGUCGAUCUUAAAAUCAGCAUGGAUGGCUUUUAGGAUAGUUUUUAACCCACCUAAAGUUAAACCGUCCUUAAUCCUUCUGGAUAUCAACCUCGUAGCUUUGUUCUUGCUUCAUUUCUUUAGCCACUACAAACUCUUCUAUGUCCAGUUAAUGGAGUCGAUAAGAGAAAAUCCAGAAUUAUGCGAACACACCAAGUACUUUCCCACGUUAUUUGAAGCAAAAUGGAUUAAGUUGGCUGAUAUAAUUCUAGUCGAAACAGAUGGAUUUGCUGAGAUAUUUAAGCAAUCGUUUCCAGCACUGAACCAAGACCCCAUAGUGCUGUACCCUUCGAUUGAUAUAGGUUUGUGGAAAGAGCCAGCCAUAAAGAUUCAAAGAAUCAUUCCAGACCUUCUUGAUAACACUACCAUUUUCCUAACUGUCGGGAAAUUUAGGCGUUCUACUAAUUUCAAAUUGGCUUUGGACGCGUUUGAGUUACUUUUACAGCUGAUCGAUGACAGAGAUAUGACUAGAAGGUUCCAGCUAGUCAUUGCAGGAAAUUGUAAGACCUUAGACGAAAAACUGUACUAUAACCAGCUGGUAUCCAUGACCAAAGAACGUAUGUGCGCAUCACAGGUCACCAUCCUAAAGCAACUACCUGUCGUACACGAGAAAACACUCAUCAUGGAAUCGGCCGUGAUGAUUCAUCCGUCAAAAUCAGACGUGUACGCGGACUUUAUCUUGAAGGCGAUGAGUUUGGGAAAGCCUACCGUGGCUGUGAAUAAAAGUAUAGCUUCGAAGUUGCUUCAAAACAGAAUAACUGGUAUUUUAACUGAAGGAGAUCCGAAUACUUUGGCUCAGGUGUUAAGAAAGUUAAUGCAAAGCUCACACUUGCAGACUUUUAUGGGUGAGAUUGCUCGAGAUACGUUCCAGAAGAAUUAUUCUUUUAAUAGUUUUUGUGAACGACUACGUACGUUAUCGGUGAAAAGCUCGACAGAUAUUGUGCAAGAGUUUAACAAAAAGACGUAAAGUUUUUUAUAAAUAAAUAAAAAUGUU